GAAGAUACAGCAAUUCAAUAUGUAAAGAGCCCCACUAAUAUUAGAGUAGACUACAGAGUUUGUUUAUACAGUCAAAGUCAUUUGCGAGUCCAAGAAGUAGAAGAAAAACUUCCAGGUAGAGCCUCUUGUGGAGUUGUCAACAUGAUAAUGAUGUGGAUGCAGUGCAGAAGAACCACCACCGUAUUGACAGCCAUGUGUUCACAGCAUACAGUGGUGCCAUGUCUUAGAAAGGGAGUGCUCACUUGUUCAUAUGUGCAGACAAAGAAUCACAGAAAACUGGUAGUCAGUGGUUUUGAUUGUAGUGACAAUAUUACCAGAACUAACACACUCCUACACAAAUCCAGAAGUUAUGUCAAAGAUGCAGCACAUGAUUUGGAUAGAAAGAAAAAUCUUGAGGUGGUGAAUAAUGAUAAGAAAGUGAAAUUAGUGUCAUUUGUCGGUGAGACUUUACCUAGUCAUUUUGAAGAUUCCAAUUGGGAAAACGAAAUGAAUUUGUUGAAAGAAUUUGAAACAAGAGAUGUACUUGCGCCUCUGAAAGAUACACAUGAAAUAGAUCUGGUUUCACAAGAAGUUAGACCUACAUUCAACCUAGCUGCAUAUAUUAACAGAUCUGCUACACUUCAAGAGAUGGUGAGGCUUGGAGUCGACAUCAGCAAAUGGGAAAAGAGAAAGGGGAUCAGCUCAUAUAUCUUGAAACUGGACCUGGAGUGCGAUAUGAAGCAGCACUUGAUGUUUCUCCGUGACCAAGGUGUGAAACCGGAGGAUCUGGGACGCUGGCUGACCAUAAAUCCUCUUAUAUUUCGGGAGAAAAUAGAAGAUCUUGACGCUCGUAUCAACUAUCUAAAGGCGGUGAAAUUUACCAGUGAUGAAAUUGCGCGUUUAAUAUCACGCAAUCCGCAUUGGUUGUUGUUCAGCACUGUCAGAAUCGACAACCGCCUCGGCUUUUUCCAACGCUCGUGUGACCUCAGCAGAGAUGAGGUUCGUGUCGUCGCAGUAAAGGAGCCACGACUGAUUACACACAACCUUCAUCACAUCAAGAGGACAUCCAUUGCUGUUACCGAGGAGAUGGGCUUCGAUAAGAAUGAGAUGAAAAGUCUGAUGUUAUCUACUCCAAAAUUAUGGAUUGCACAUGGGCCGUCAUUACUCCGAAAGUUUGAUUAUUUACACAACGAAAUGGGAUUAUCACACAGCGUACUUGUAAAAUUCCCAAAGAUUUUACAGUCACGGGAAUUUAGGAUAAAGCAACGUCAUCAAUAUCUGAAGACUCUCGGCCGAGCUCAGUAUGACCCUCAGAAACCCAACUAUGUGUCUCCAGCGUCACUGGUGGAAGGUAGUGAUCUCAAGUUCUGCAGCGACAUUGCGAAAAGUACUGUUCAUGAUUACAACCUAUUUCUGAAGACCCUCUAGCUCUCUUUUAUUUAUCCCUGUGUAUUUUGUUUAAAUUAAAGUUUAUAGACGUAUCUCUUGUAUAUACAUUUAAUGCAGAAUAAAAAGGUCAAACAAU